UUAUCACACACUCACCGACUCACUCAGUACACUCACUUACACACACACUUAAUCAAACACACACAUACUCACAAACUCACUCACUUACAGGGGAGUCUCAGGGGCAACAGCUCCACCAAAACUCCACCAAACUUGAGGGAAACACUUUUUUUCUUAUUUUUUUUCUGGAGUGAGUGAGAGAAAGAGAGAGAGAGACCCCCAGACUGAUGGAUGAUCCUUCGCCCACCUCGACUGCUGCUGCUGCGCUUCUUCUGCUGGGGGAGAGAAGCGGAUGAGUCUCCCUGAAGAAGAACCGUAACUCUCACCUGAGUCUCUCUCUCUCACUUUUCUUUUCUCUCUCUCUCUUUUUGUGGAGUUCUCUCUCUCUCUUUAUCUGUAUGGAGCUCGGGAUGGGGAGGCACGCGGACCCCCUACUGCCCUCGAUCUGCUGUCUCCUCGCGGCGGUGAGUGUCCUCGCGCCGGGCGCCUCCGCCUCCCGCGAGGGGAACAUCACCGUGGCCGUGAUGCUGCCGGACAACAUGAAGUACCCCUGGGCGUCCCCCCGCGUGCUGCCCGCCAUCCGCAUGGCCCGCGAGCACAUCUUGCGGAGCGGCGUGCUGCGGGACCGCGCCGUGCACCUCCUCAACUUCAGCGUGGAAGACUCCGCGGGCUCGUGCUCCGAGAACAAGGCGCAGAUCAUCGCCGUGGACACCAAGCUGUACCACCGGCCGGACGCCUUCCUCGGGCCGGGCUGCGUGUACUCCGUGGCCUCGGUCGGCCGCUUCGCGUCCCACUGGAAGCUGCCGCUGAUCACCGCGGGCGGGCUGGCGUACGGCUUCGACAACAGCGAGGAGUUCCGCACGCUCGUGCGCACCGGACCCACCACCACCAAGCUCGGCGACUUCGUCAACAGCUUGCACGCGGAGUUCAACUGGACGCGGCGCGCGCUGCUCAUCUUCCACGACCUGAAGCGCGACGACAGACCCCACUUCUUCCUCUCGGAGGGGAUUUACAUCAACCUGCUGGCGGAGAACAUGACCGUGGAGGUCCUCCCCUACGAGGACAACACCUCCUACCAGGAGAUCGUCACCUUCAUCCGGGAGAGCGGCAGGAUUGUGUACAUCUGUGGACCUCUUCAGACGUUCUUCAACAUCAUGAGCACCUUUGAAGAAGAGGUGAAAAACACAGAAGACUAUGCCAUCUUUUACCUGGAUGCUUUUGGUGAAAGUCUCAGUAAUGAGGCCCACCAGCCCUGGCACACCUCAGCUAUGCAGUGGAAGGAUCCCAUCAAGCUAUUCCAGAAUGUGUUCGUUAUAACGUUCCGGGAGCCAGAUAAUCCAGAGUAUGCAGCUUUCCGAACUGAACUCCACAAGAGAGCAACACAGGACUUUAAUGUCCAGCUGGAACCUUCAUUGAUGGACUACAUCGCUGGAUGUUUCUAUGACGGAUUUGUUUUAUACGCGACAGCUUUAAAUGAGGCCUUAGCAGAUGGAGUGUCUCAGAAUGAUGGCAUCAACAUCACCACGAGGAUGCUGAAUCGCAGCAUUUGGGGGGUGACGGGCCUGGUUAGCACAGACCAAAACAACGCCAGAUACACAGACUUCAGCCUGUGGUCCAUGAGCAACCUGACAACUGGACAAUAUGCGGUGGCUGGCCACUACAAUGGCACCAAUAAAGAAAUUGUAUGGUCCAAAAAGGGUAUCCAGUGGGCUAAAGGAAUCCCGAUUGAUGACCCUCGGUGUCUGGUCUCAUGUGAAGAUCAUAUCUCUGUUCUUGGAGUUGUCGCUGUGGGGUCCGGUCUGGCCCUCAUCAUUUUUGGAAUGUCAAGCUUUCUCAUUUACAGGAAGCUGAAGCUGGAGAAGGAGUUGGCCAGGAUGCUGUGGAGGAUUAAAUGGGAGGACCUGCAGUUUGAGAGCCCUAACAAAUACCACAAACGUGCUGGAAGCCGCCUCACUCUCUCCCAGAGGGGCUCCAGCUACGGCUCCUUGAUAUCUGCGCAUGGCAAACAUCAGCUGUUUGCAAAAACAGGCUAUUUUAAGGGCAACCUGGUAGCAAUCAAGCACGUGAACAAGAAGAGGAUUGAGCUGACCAGACAAGUGCUGUUUGAACUGAAGCAUAUGAGGGAUGUCCAGUUCAACCACCUGACGAGGUUUGUUGGUGCCUGUAUUGAUCCACCGAACAUCUGCAUUGUGACUGAGUACUGUCCCAGGGGUAGUCUUCAGGAUAUUCUUGAAAACGAGAGCAUCAACCUGGACUGGAUGUUCCGCUUCUCGCUGAUCAAUGACAUCGUCAAGGGAAUGAACUAUUUGCACAACAGCUACAUCGGUUCUCAUGGAAACCUGAAGUCGUCCAACUGCGUGGUGGACAGCCGCUUCGUAUUGAAAAUUACAGAUUAUGGGCUGGCAAGCUUUCGGUCAUCAUACGAUAAUGAAGACUCGCAUGAACUUUACGCACGAAAGCUGUGGACAGCUCCCGAGUUACUGAUAUAUGACAGGCCUCCACCCCAGGGGACGCAGAAAGGAGACAUUUACAGCUUUGGGAUCAUUUUGCAGGAGAUAGCCUUAAGGAAUGGACCAUUCUAUGUAGAAGCCAUGGAUCUGAGCCCAAAAGAGAUAAUCCAAAAGGUACGGAACGGCCAGAGGCCUUAUUUUCGGCCCACGACAGAUAACUCCCGGCAUUGUGAAGAGCUGACCAUCCUUAUGGAGGGCUGCUGGGCUGAGGACCCCACUGAGCGCCCUGACUUCAGCCACAUCAAGAUCUUUAUCACCAAACUCAACAAAGAAGGGAGCACCAGCAUCCUCAAUAACCUGCUGUCCAGGAUGGAGCAAUACGCCAACAACCUGGAGAACCUGGUGGAGGAGCGCACACAGGCCUACCUGGAGGAGAAGAGGAGAGCGGAGAAUCUGCUUUAUCAGAUCCUGCCACAUUCAGUGGCGGAGCAGCUAAAGAGAGGAGAGACAGUACAGGCUGAAGCCUUCGACAGCGUCACCAUCUACUUCAGCGACAUAGUGGGCUUCACCUCAAUGUCAGCUGAGAGCACACCAUUACAGGUUGUAACAUUGCUGAAUGACCUAUACACAUGUUUCGAUGCCAUCAUCGAUAAUUUUGAUGUAUAUAAGGUGGAGACCAUCGGCGAUGCGUAUAUGGUAGUGUCGGGUCUGCCUGUGCGUAAUGGAAAGCUCCACGCACGCGAGAUUGCUGGGAUGUCAUUAGCUUUACUGGAACAGGUCAAAACCUUUAAAAUCAGACACAGACCCAACGACCAGCUGCGGCUACGCAUAGGAAUCCACACAGGGCCUGUCUGUGCAGGUGUGGUGGGCCUGAAGAUGCCCAGGUACUGUCUAUUUGGAGACACUGUCAACACAGCGUCAAGAAUGGAGUCCACCGGGGAAGCUCUACGGAUACACAUGUCCUCGGCCACCAAAGAGGUACUCGACGAGUUUGGCUACUUCGACCUCCAGCUGCGGGGGGAUGUAGAAAUGAAGGGCAAAGGCAAAAUGAGAACGUAUUGGCUUCUGGGGGAGAAGACAGAGACGAUGUUAUCUGAGAGCCCUGCUGAUGGAGAGGAGAGCAGUCGGCCAAGCCACCACAGCCAGAGUCACCGCCUUGGAUUUUGAUUCUGCGUCCAAAGGCGUGCGCCAUUCCACCUUCCCCCAUCUCGCGUAUUCACUGAAAAUAAGGGAUGUUUCGAGUUUGCUUGAGACAAAUCAUUUUCCAUAUGAAUAAAACUGUGAUGAUCUGCCACAUUAUUAGACACAUCAACUUUGUUGGUGCACUUUGUGUGACUAGAUGUUUUGGUUAGUGCACUGUAUUCAACCCAGCUGUGCAUCAUCAGCAGCACUGCUGUAUCUAAUACACUCAAACCAGCCCAACUCAAACUAACACAACUCAAAACUCUUGACUUCUGUUGGGGUCAUUGCUGAGCUGUGAUUUCCGUUCAGCAGUGAUCAUUUUAUACUCAUAAGGUUCGUUAUCAAAAUAUUGUGUCUUUUAUCCCUUAAAACAAAAAAGAAAUUACUUAAGAUUUGUUCUUCUUUUAAUUUUUUUUUAUUAUAUUUAUAAGACUUCUACACAGGAAUUAUUUUCCCGGCAUAAUCACUUUUUUAUUUUCACUGGCACACAUUUGUCCACCCCGUAAUGACGAGGUGCACAACAGGGGGAAAAUGACAGCAAAUAUUGGCAUUAAUUGAAAAGGUGGUUGACCUAGAGUUGCUAACAUUUUAAAUAGGUAAAAAAGGUACAUUUUGAUUUUCUAAAAUAAUUUUAUUAGUAUUAUUCAUAUUUAUUAGUAUUAGGAUUAGUUUCUCAGGGGGAUGUCUGUGAAAAAUAUUUCACACUUCUACUCAGUGAUAAAACUCCUGCAUCCGGACUGCAAUUGAAAAAUUGCAAAAAGUUUUUUGGCUUUUUCGGUCACAUGACAUUGUGUUCAGUAGCUCCUCCAUUUGCACUGCCUGUUGUUUUUACGCGGAUCUCCGUGGAAACGCGUCCAAAGUGUAAAUACGGUGUGUGGCAGUGGAUAAAUAGCUAUUUUAUUAAAUGCAAGGUGACAAAACUCAGAGUUGUGGAUCUGGACAGGACUAAAAUUACCCCAGGACCCCCUGAAAAACUAAUCCCGGCCGGAGAGGGCUAUAGUAUGCUUUACCUCAGCAAACUAUAGAGACAGUGUGAAGACUAUUAUGUAAAAUUAAUAUUGUUAAUUGCUGAAUUAAGCAGCAAGUGUCUUCAGUUCCUUGAAAAUGAAACGGUGUGAAGGUUGUGAUGUCACAGAGUUUUCACAGGAUGACAGGAUGGAGAGCAGUGAAUUGUUGGACAUGGUUUAAUAGUUUGAUAUCUUUAUGAAACAGCUAAAUUAAUAAUUGAAAUAUUUUUUGAAAUUAUUUGAAAACUUUUUUUGUUAUGUAACCAGGAACCGAGAAUAUUUAACUUCACCAGGCAGCACUGUGGACAUGGCAAAAAUCCCCACCCCCCACAUCAAAGAAAGCUGUAUAAAAUGUACAAAAAGUUAUUUAACGUGAAGGUUAAUAUUACUCUAUAUUUGUAAUAAUGUGUUCACUUACAAAAUAUAUUGUUACAGUGUUUUUUGAAAUUUGUGGACACUAAUGGAAGGUUAGUCUGAUACUUAGCCAUAGACGAUGUAGAGGGGACCCAGGAAACAGCGUAGUAACAGAUGAACUACACUCAGGUGGUUGUUGUACCUAAUAAAAUGGCUUAUGGAAACUCAGUGCACUUUAUUUGCCAAUAGAGUUUUUGCCAAAAAUGACUAAGCUUUAUAUAUUUAAAUUUUAUUCAUAUGGAAAUGAUUUAUACAUUUGUAUCAAGUGAAUUUAACACACUCCUUUUUUUCAAAGCAGAACGGCAUUGCAUUACUCUUAAUACCUUUUUGAUGGAGGUCAAUUCAGGUAUAUUUCAUACCUGCUUUAACUGCAAAAAUCUAAUUGUAAAGUUUUUUUUUAAAACGAUGAAGAAGCUUUCCGUGUUGAGAGUCGGAGACUGUUUUUUUUUCAUGUGAGAUUCUUAUUUUUGUGCUUUCUAUAUUCCGAUUUGUAUCUGAUUUUGGAAACUGGUGAUGUACUCGAUCUCUCCAAGCAGCACCCAGAAAGAGGGGUGGAGGGUACAGUGUUUUCCGAGUGCUCUGGCAUCAAGACGUGAAGUUUCGCCCUGGUACUAUCCAAGUUAAUAUUUGUAUAUAUGUAUAUCCAAGACAUUGUAAGAUAUUUUGUUCAAUAAACGAAAUAUAAAAGUA